AUGAUCCUUGCAGCUGGACUGCUGUCAGCUGUCCACAUUGUCCAUGCAGCGGAUCCUGACCCACUGCAGGAUUUCUGCAUUGCACACCUUGCUGCCGGACCAGUUUCAAAUGGUUUUGCUUGCAACUUAUCUGCUACCAACGGAACUGCAACCCUCGCCUUCGUCAGACAAUGGCCAGCUCUGAACACUCAGGGAUUGUCUCUCAUAAUACUCGAUAUCAACCCUAGUGGCAUCAUCUUUCCCCAUACACACAACUUGGCCACUGAGAUUCUGUAUGUGUUGGAGGGAGAGAUGUAUACGGGCUUCGUCACCAACAACUUCGGCAACGACCCAACCAUAUCCAAGCUGUAUGCAAAGGUCGUGAAGAAGGGAGAAGCUUUCAUUUUUCCCAGAGGUCUGCUACACUUCCAGCUGAACAAGGGGAAGGUGCUUGCAUCGAGUCUAAACGUCCUUAACAGUCAGAAUCCUGGUAUUCAGCUCAUGCCUUCAGCUUUGUUCGGAAAUGGCAUCGAACGUGAAAUGCUGGAAAAGUCAUUCUUCAUGAAUGAGACUCAAGUUGCUGCACAUAACUCAUGUUGGAUAACCACAUUUAUCCUACUCCUGCUCUGGCUUCAUCGUUGGUCAAUUGAGCAAGGCAAGGCCCGAAACAUUUGGUCUGCUGGAAAAGCACGCACUUUCAGAACACCCUCGGGCUUGUGCGUGCACCUACGAAUGUAUCCAUGUAUCCACCUGCAAAAUUGUGGUCGCCGGCAAGAAGAAUUAUGCCACUAG